AUGGCAUUCUUAGUAAUAGUAGUAGUGUUUUAUAUCACGGUUCCAGCUUUUUUUACUGGUAAUUAUGAAGAAUAUACGAAUAAUGUUUGUUGGGUUCGAAAUACCUAUUAUGUGGAUGAAAAUAGUCAAAUACCGGACGAUAGUCAAACACGUCAUGACAAUAGUAUUAGAUAUUAUCAGUGGAUCCCAUUCAUUUUACUUGUUCAAGCAUUUUUCUUCUUUUUACCUUAUGUAUUAUGGCGAGCGUUGAGUCAAAGAUCUGGAGUGGAUGUACGUGAUAUUGUCGAAGCAGCAGCGUUAUAUAAAAAAUCAAGUGAUGAAAAAGCACGAGAUCGUUUAAUGAGAUUUAUAAUAUCGGCUAUUGAUCAAUACGUUGACGAUCCUCGUCGACAAUCAGAAUCUCGCAUAGAUAAUCCUUUUACAAAAGUCUUACUUAUACUAUGUCCGCCUGUUGGACGCUAUAUGGGCGAUUAUCUUCGAAAUUUAUUUUUAUUCAUUAAAGUGAUCUAUUUACUCAAUGUACUAGUACAAAUUGCUUUAUUAAGUGUUCUAUUGGGUCAUCCAUUUUAUUCAUUAGGUUUUGAAGUAUUAAAAAUUUUAUAUGAAGGCAAGGGUUGGGAUUAUACAAGCCGAUAUUUUCCAAAAGUAACAUUCUGUAUCCAUUGUGAUAAAGAACACAAUGACCGUUUACUACGAAUUUUAAGUCGAGAUGAGUCAACAAUUGAUCCAACCUAUAUACCCAACGAUGGAAAGAAAAUACAUCAUUAUUCUCGACUGUAUCCUGUACCAGAAAGAUUUUUAGUAAAUAAAUUAACAUUAUUCGAUUAUUUUAAUGAUGAAUAUCUGGAAGCAGAUGGUGUUUUUAUAUUACGCAUAAUUGGAACAAAUGCAAGUGAUUUUGUAUCGACCAGAAUUAUCCAUGAAUUGUAUGAAAGAUGUUGUGCCAAACGUUUCACUCCUAAUCCUGUAUCACGACAACGAGAAACAGCUAAAACAACAUUGUACAAAUAUGUUAUUGUACCAAAAGUAUCAGCCGAUGAAAAGGAAAACCAUACAGAUACAAAUCCAUUUCAUAAAAGGGACGUAAAUAGCUUUAAUUUUACGAGUAAUGAUCAUAAGAAAAUAGGUGACAUUGAAGAAGAACAAGAAGAAACUCAUCAUGAACAACAGCAACAACAACAACAACAACAGCAGCAAGCACCUGAAACAAAACGUCGAACUUUACGUAAUACGACGAAUAUAUCUGAAUCGGGUAGUGACAGAAUGAGAUCUGGAACUCUUCCAUUCAUUCACUCGCCGAAAGAAAGUAGUCAAGAAUAG